AUGUACCUCGACAACAAAAUGGAUUCGUUAUCAAGUUUGAAGACAAUCAAGCGUCACUAUAAAAAAGAUUCUCGAUUUGUUAACGAUUUAUACACGUUGACGUAUGACAAUCACGAAAGUUUAGAAGACACAGUUGAAUUGAUUUCAUCGCUUUACUUCAGAACUGAUAUUUCAGAUUAUGAGGUUGAAGCAGUUCAUUCAAAUCAAUUAUUUACGCUUUUUCUCACUCACAUUCCACAGAAGCCAAACGAGAAUCCAAAGUUUCUAAACGCUACCGAACGUUUAAUUCGCAAUGCCAAUUUGCAAUUUCGUUUGUCAAGUUCGAGAGAUUCUUCCAUUAACAAUCUUGAGCUUGACACGAAACGAGGUGUGGCGCUGUCAAACUUCAUUACUCAAACGUUAAAAAAGGUCAACAGGGAGCAACGGAAGCAACCCACGCCUGUUACACAUUUUACUCGACAAAUAUUACAAACCAUGAACGUUACUCAACUUCAGAUUAUUAUAAACGAAAUGUUAGACUUUCGGGGAAGCCUCAAUGAAAAAUUAAUGAAGAGUCUCAUUGAACGUGAUGAAUUGUUGUUGAAAAGGGAUGGAAUCUUAUCAAUGAUUGAGAAAAACCAAGGAAAUAGUCGUCGUUGUGAUAGCUUACAAUAA